AUGUAUACAACACUUAACCUAUCAACUUCUGACAACUCCAACUCGUCAGGUGUUGACCCUCUGAGACUGCAGGAGCUGGCUCACCGGUCCGUCAAAGUAAGCAUAAUAAUCGUUUUGGGCGUGAUGAUCACUUUGGGGAAUGUUGCAGUACUCCUGGUUAUUUCUUCAUCCGUGGCUGGUUGGACAAGAAACUCUCGGUACUUUCUCCUUUCUCUUACUGCUGCAGACUCUGCGUUUGGACUGCUGAUCAUGCCCUUGAAUCUCUGGGUGAGUCUGCUAAAGGACUACACUGAAGGGCCAGAUGCUCUUUGUCAUGUCGUGGCCUUUUUUAAUGCCACGGUUUACUCCACCUGCAUGUAUACACUGGCUACAAUAAGCCUGGAGAGGUACAUCGCAGUGUUUUACCCGCUGCAAUAUUCCUCUCUGAUGACAAGAAAAAGGACUCUGCUCCUGAUUGCAUUUGCCUGGUGCUUCCCUCCCUUUUUACUUUCGCCAAUAUCAUUUCCAGAUGGCAUUAUCGAGGUUCAUUUUUCUACUGCAUCACUGGUCUGCAAUCCAUCCUACUCUACAAAUGUUGGAUACUCCCUUAGUUUGACGUGUUUUAUAUUUUUCCCCUGCUCCAUCAUCAUGACAUACGCAAACCUGAGAGUGUGGUGCGCUGCCAAGAGGCAGAGACUAAAACUGCGCAAAUACGACUGUGCGCGUCGCAGAAGACACAAUGUGGCAUCCAGAGUGCUUGUGCCAGUGAUGGCAGCCUACUACACCUGCUGGACACCCUGCAUGGCAGCUAUGAUCUACAAUGCAGUCUCAGGUAGCAGCGUACCAGAGUGGAUUGAGUUUGUGGUGGUAUGGCUGCCAACCUCAAAUGGUUUUCUCAACUGUAUCUUCUACUUCUGGAUAAACCGAAACUUCCGCAGGAAAUUCCACCACGUCCUCCAGAGGUGGACUCAGGCCCUUUGCCCCAAACUGGCUGACACCCUUGGGUUCUGCGGUACUUCAAAGACACAGUUUGUGUCAGGAAUUCUGGACAAUAACAACACUGUCCAUGAGCGCUCUUCCAGUGUAUCCUCCACAUGCACCUUGUUGACCUUAGCUUAG